AUGUCCUUCGAAGGCCGGAACAAAAUACCCUGUAAGUACUUUCAGCAGGGUAGAUGUAAAAAAGGCAACAGCUGUAACUUCGCACAUGUUUACACCGGGGGAAACAACUACAGCGGCACUUCAUCUCCUCAACCGGGCCUUGAAGAAAGAUACCGCUCUUUUGUUAGCGCAACAAGUCUCAACAAGCUCUCAAAAGAAAUAGAAGAUGAUUUCAAGGGUGCUAGCGAGCUGAUAAUGAAACCUCUCAGCUCUUCCUACAGUUUAGGUAGUCCUUGUGCCGUAAACUUAAUUCAAGGAAGGGAUCUAUCUCCUGAAGAAUCGCGGUUUCUCUGUUAUGAAGCCAGGCUCCAAAACAAUUUGGCGGCUUACGAAACGCAAAUAAAAGCCCGGGGUGAUGAUAUGCAAAAGUGCCUAGACCUCGUUUCGAAGGAUCCUCGAAAAGCGGCGAGGUAUCUACAGCUUGCUACCCAAAAAGUCAAAGAGACGGGAUCCUCACAGAUGAAAGGCUUCAUCGAGCACCCGUUAGACUUAACUGGCCAAUCGUACACUCAGGGCACUUCGAAAUUAUUCGGAGCCCCAAGUGCUUCAUUUGGUGCUAGCGCUUCAACAAGCAACCCCUUUGGGAGCGCAGCAGCGAAACCGAGCCCUUUCGGGCAACCUGCAUUUGGCCAGCAAUCUCCGCAAGAAAGUAAUGCCUUUGGUAUGGCUGCAUCUGGGUCUAGUGUCUCAGGUCCUUCAACUGCAGGAGCCUUUGGGCAACCAAAGUUUGGGACUUCAGCAUUCGGUUCUGGAAACUCCGCGUCACCCUUUGGCUCAACGGCUUCAGGCGGAGGCGGAUCCUCUGCGUUUGGUGCUCCUUCUUUCGGUUCGCCCGGUGGAUUCUCAAGCGCUUUCGGCAAACCCAGCUUUGGUUCUAAUACGGCAACUCAGCCUUCGUCGCUUGCUGCAAUAAAUGCAUCUAGCACCUCUAAUACCAUGGGGUCUCAAACUCCGAGCACACAAUUCGGAUCUGGGGUUUCUGCAUUUGGUAAGCCAGCUUUCGGAUCCAACGCUAAUGUAUCGCCAUUCGCAUCUAUUCAAGGUGCACAAGGCAAUAAGUCUCCCUUUGGGUCAACGACGGGAACAACAUCACAGCCUGCUGCUACGAACGGCGCGUUCGGAGCCCCGGCUUUCUCAAAUCAAAGCAGCACGACUUCCGCAAGCAGCUCCAAUUCGUUUAGAAGUACUGCCCAAAACUCGAGCAUUGCAAAGCCAUUCAACUCUGCAACACCGUUCGGAGCCCCGUCUCCGUUCGGCUCGUCUCAGGCGUUCGGAACUAAUUCUCCAGCUUUUGGCUCUGCGGGUUUCCAACCCCCUCAAUCUAACGCCGGAUUUGGAGCACCACAAGGGGCAACUGCUGCCAACCAAAACCAAGGCGCGUUUCCUUCACAAAAUAGUGGACCAAACAACAAUAUUUCAACUUUUGUUCAGGGCCUACCGACUGGAAAGGAGCUGAGGGAGUCUGACUUACCAGCUGAAAUUAUCGAAUACUUCAAAUCUGAUCACUUUGCGCUAGGAAAAGUCCCAGACAACCCCCCACCAGUUACCCUGGUAAGCUGA